AUGCUCGACGCGGGUGUGGGCGCGGGCGCGGCGGGCCGGCACCACCAUCACCACCAUCACCAUCAUCACCCGGGCGAGCAGGACGCGGGGCCGUAUCGCGACGAGGACGUGUUGCUGAGCCUGCAGCUGCUCGCGUAUCUGAGCAAGUACCCGCAUGUGCGGCAGGCGUUUUAUAAGCCGCGCGCGAGCUUUCAUCCCGUGACAGCGUCGUACAAGGCUGGCGGGCGUGCCGCGGGCGCGGGUACGUUGGCCAAGCGCGGUACCAAGGGCAAGGAGCCCGCCGUGCAGCCGCCCCCGUUCCCGAACACCUCGAGCGCGGCCGCGAACCCACAGCAACAGCAGCAACAGCAACAGGACGUCACGGCGCCGCAGGCGGUGCGGCAGACGAACGUGUUCUCGCUCGUGGAGCGGUUCACGUUCCGGCCGAGCUCGUCGGAGAGUGACUUGCCGAACCCGCCGCCGACGCUGCCGCAGGAGAUCCAGUAUUGGGCGGGCGUGAUCAUGCGGAACGCGUGUCGGAAGGACGACUCGCGGGGCGGGAUCCGGCAGUGCGCGAACAUGCUGUGUGGGCGGUGGGAGUCGUAUCCGCGGGAGUUCGCCAAGUGCAGGCGGUGUCGCAAGGCGAAGUAUUGCGGGAAGGAAUGCCAGAGCACGGCGUGGAGCGAGGGGCACCGGUUCUGGUGCAGCUCGAAGGACGAGGACGAGGCGGAGAACGCACCCGCGCCGCCG